CCGAAGAGUCUUUCUCCGGCCGGACUAUUCCCUCAUCCCCAUUCUUCAUCCCCAUUCUUCAUCCCUAUUCCUCUCCCUCAUCUCUCAUCUCUCAUCCCUCAUCCCUCAUCCUUCAUCACUUAACCUUCAUUCUCCCUACUUUUGUACCCUGCUUGUCUCUUUCGGUCCUUCUGUAGGCACACAUUUCUCCCUUCUCUCUUUAUCACUAAAAUGUCUACAACCAUCCCCACCACUGCCUCCUCUGUUCCCCAGCCGACAAAGGCAAAGGUCCUGAUCGUCGGCGCAGGCAUCGGAGGUCUAGUCCUCGGAGCACUCCUUCAGAAAGCCGGAAUUGAAUUCGAAAUCUUUGAACGCGCAAAGAAGAUCGUUCCCCUGGGCUCUGCUAUCUCGUUGGGCGCAAAUGUCAUGUACUUCUUUGAGCAGCUGGGUAUUGCAGACGAGAUCAAGGCCAACUCUAAAUAUGUGAAGGAAGGCUUCCAAUACCACGACGACAUGCAGCAGACCGGUCGCUAUGUUUACGCCUACAGUUUCGAGAGAUACGGCCAUUACUCUCAUAUCAUCCCUCGCCCGAUCGUCUACGACAUUAUUAUGCGUCUGGUUCCCAAAGAAAAGAUCCAUUUUGGGGUCAAGGUGACUUCGCUCCUCCAGGACAUGAAUGGUGUGAUGAUUCGCACCUCUGACAACCAAACCCAUCAAGGAGACAUCCUCGUCGGAGCUGAUGGUGCCCAUAGUGCUGUCCGCCAAAGCUUAUACCAGCAACUAGAUCAGAAGGGAUUGCUGCCGGCCUCGGAUAAGGAACAUUUGCCAUUCACUAAUGUCUGUUUAGUCGGAACAACGGAGCCUUUAGAUGUUAAAAAGUACAAGUUCUUGGAUCAGGAGGAAUGCUACUUUGUUGGAAUUAUUGCCAGAAACAUACCCUACACUUGGGUCCUCUUCAGCACGAAUGACUAUCGCAUCUGCUGGAUGGCGAUCGAGCAUCUGGACAAGAAAAGCACCAAGGAUGAUGAGAGCUUUCAGAACUCCGAAUGGGGUCCUGAGGCAGCGGAAGCCAUGUGCAAGGAGGUCCGCGACUUCCCUCUGCCUCAUGGUUUGAUCCUGGGUGACCUCAUUGACCAGACACCCAAAGAACUGAUCUCCAAGGUCAUGCUUGAGGAGAAGCUUUUCGAGACCUGGAACGGAGGACGCACUGUUCUUAUCGGCGAUGCCUGUCAUAAGAUGCACCCCGCUGCAGGUCUGGGAGCAGUGAGCGCGAUUCAUGAUGCGGUCGUGUUGGCAAGUCGCCUUUAUGAGCUGCCAUCGACCGAGCAGCAAGAUAUCGAGAAAGUGCUUAGGGACUACAGGGAUGAGAGAUACCCGCUAGCUGUCAAAUCAACUGGGUCAACGUUUUGUUCCGUAAGAUCAUGAGCAUUAUGCCGUUGUUCCUGUGGUUCAAGGUCCUGGACGCCAUGAUGGGAUACCGUCCUCAGGCUACUUUCCUCCCUCUGAUCCCUGACCGAGGUACAAUUAAGCCUCACAUGCAGACCAGCCUGGAACUCGCCGCAAAGUACUCUCAAUCUGCUCAGCAGACGGACGAGAAGACUAAAACGGCGGCUGCUACGACUGCGCCCACUGUGACUACUGCGCCCACUGUUGGCACAACAACAGCUGAUGUUCCAGCUCAAGCUGCCAGAAUUGUAUGAACGUCUAUGUCAGGGCCUUCUAUCAACUAUAUCCCUCUUAUUUCGAUUCACUGACUUAGAACACUCAAAUAAACACCAUCAUGAAUCAAC